AUGGCGCUCGCGCGCCCGUCCUCCGCGCUCCUCUCCUGCUCCUCCUCCGCCUGCCUCCGCCGCCUCAACCCACUCCUCCUCUCCGCCGCCGCCGCCUGCCGCCGCCCGGCGUGGGCCCCGCGCCGCGCCGCUCGCAGGUUCUGCGCAGCGAUUGCCUCAGAGACGGAUGUGUUCACCUCCCCGGAGGUCGCAAAGUCGUUCGACUUCGCCAACGAGGAGCGGAUUUACAAGUGGUGGGAAUCUCAAGGAUUCUUUAAGCCUAACUUUGACCGUGGAGGAGAUCCAUUUGUCAUCCCGAUGCCACCACCAAAUGUUACCGGAUCACUACAUAUGGGCCAUGCUAUGUUUGUCACCCUUGAGGAUAUAAUGGUUAGAUAUUUCCGAAUGAAAGGAAGACCUGCACUCUGGAUACCUGGCACUGAUCAUGCUGGGAUUGCGACUCAGUUGGUUGUGGAAAAGAUGCUGGCCGCUGAAGGUGUCAAGAGGACAGAUAUGACACGAGAGGAGUUCACCAAAAAAGUUUGGGAGUGGAAAGAGAAAUAUGGGGGCACUAUCACUAAUCAGAUUAGGCGACUGGGUGCAUCUUGUGAUUGGAGUCGUGAACGUUUCACUCUUGAUGAACAAUUGAGCCGUGCAGUUGUUGAAGCAUUCGUUAGACUCCAUGAUAAAGGGCUUAUAUAUCAAGGAUCUUAUUUGGUCAACUGGUCUCCUAACCUGCAAACUGCAGUAUCUGAUUUAGAAGUAGAAUACUCUGAAGAACCUGGAAAUUUGUACUUCAUCAAGUACCGUGUUGCUGGUGGAACCAGGGAUGAUUUUAUGACUAUUGCGACCACAAGACCAGAAACUCUAUUUGGUGAUGUUGCAAUUGCUGUUAACCCAGAGGAUAAACGUUAUGCCCAAUAUGUUGGCAAAUUGGCUAUUGUACCGUUGACAUGUGGGAGACAUGUCCCUAUUAUUGCUGACCGGUAUGUUGAUCCAGAAUUUGGGACUGGGGUGCUGAAGAUUAGCCCUGGACAUGAUCAUAAUGAUUAUCAUAUUGCUCGAAAGCUUGGGCUGCCAAUUCUUAAUGUUAUGAACAAAGAUGGUACGCUAAAUGAUGUUGCUGGAAUAUACAGUGGUAUGGAUCGAUUUGAGGCCCGAGAAAAGUUGUGGUCUGACCUUGUUGAGACUAACUUGGCAGUAAAGAAAGAACCUUAUACACUUCGAGUCCCUAGGUCUCAACGGGGUGGUGAAGUAAUUGAGCCUUUGAUUAGUAAGCAAUGGUUUGUUACGAUGGAGCCAUUGGCUGAAAAGGCUCUCCAUGCUGUUGAAAAUGGGCAAUUAACCAUUCUUCCAGAGAGAUUUGAGAAGAUAUAUAAUCAUUGGCUAACAAACAUAAAGGAUUGGUGUAUAAGUAGACAAUUGUGGUGGGGUCAUCGUAUACCAGUUUGGUAUAUUGUUGGAAAGAAAUGUGAAGAAGACUAUAUUGUUGCUAGAACCGAAGAGGAGGCACUUGCAAAAGCUCAGGAAAAAUAUGGAAAAUCAGUUGAAAUAUAUCAAGACCCUGAUGUUCUUGAUACUUGGUUCUCAAGUGCUCUGUGGCCUUUCAGCACGCUUGGUUGGCCUGAUCUUUCCAAGGAGGAUUAUAAGCAUUUUUAUCCUUCAACUGUUCUGGAGACAGGCCAUGACAUUUUGUUCUUCUGGGUUGCACGAAUGGUCAUGAUGGGAAUUGAGUUUACAGGAUCAGUACCAUUUUCUUAUGUCUAUCUUCAUGGUCUUAUCCGGGACGCUGAGGGUCGAAAAAUGUCGAAGACAUUGGGGAAUGUCAUUGAUCCCCUAGAUACCAUCAAAGAUUACGGGACAGAUGCUUUGAGAUUUACACUAUCUUUGGGCACUGCAGGCCAGGACCUCAAUCUCUCUACAGAAAGGUUGACAUCAAAUAAGGCUUUCACAAACAAGCUGUGGAACGCAGGCAAAUUUUUGUUGCAGAAUUUGCCUGAUAAAAGUGAUGUCUCCGCAUGGGAUGUCUUGUUAACAAAUAAGUUCGACUCAGAAGCAUCACUCCAGAAACUGCCAUUGCCAGAAUGCUGGGUGGUUACAGGACUACAUGAACUCAUUGAUAAGGUCAGCAGAAGCUAUGACAAGUUUUUCUUUGGAGAUGCUGCUAGAGAAAUAUAUGAUUUCUUCUGGGGGGAUUUUGCUGAUUGGUAUAUUGAAGCUAGCAAAACACGGCUUUACCACUCAAGUGACAAGUUCGCUGCUGCUACAGCCCAGGGUGUUCUGGUGUAUGUGUUUGAAAACAUACUGAAGUUAUUGCAUCCCUUCAUGCCAUUCGUCACUGAAGAAUUAUGGCAGGCAUUUCCAUACAGAAAACAAGCACUUAUGGUUACUCCCUGGCCUACCACUGGCCUUCCUAAGGAUUUGAGGUCCAUCAAAAGGUUCCAGAAUUUGCAAUCAUUGAUAAGAGGAAUCAGAAAUGUUCGAGCAGAAUAUUCUGUUGAGCCAGCUAAACGGAUAUCAGCUUCUGUUGUUGCUACUGCAGAUGUCCUGGAAUAUGUAUCGAAGGAGAAGCAGGUCCUAGCUUUACUUUCAAAGCUUGACGUUCAGAAUGUAAAUUUUACUGAAUCAGCACCAGGUGAUGCAAACCAGUCGGUUCACAUUGUUGCUGAUGAGGGUUUGGAGGCCUAUCUACCUUUGGCUGAUAUGGUUGAUGUGUCUGAAGAGGUUAAGCGGCUCUCCAAGCGCCUCUCUAAGAUGCAAUUGGAGUAUGAUGCUCUUGUAGCCCGCCUCAAUUCCCCCAAUUUUGUAGAAAAGGCUCCUGAAGAUAUUGUUCGUGGAGUUCGUGAAAAAGCGUCCGAGGCAGACGAGAAGAUCUCUCUAACUAAGAAUCGUCUUGCUUUUCUGCAAUCAACAAUUUCCACUUAA